AUGAGGCACGAGGGUGAGGUCGCCUGGCGUAUGCCUGCAUCCCUAGUUUCAAGACAUGCAGAGCUGGCUUGGAACUUGAUUUGGCAGUUUCAAAGGCUUGGUUUGCCCUCACACCUUCUUGACGGCCUUCCAAGUUGGCUUAUCUACCUACGUCAACGGCAACUGGACGCUGCUACCGCUGCAGUCACAGGAAGCUCUGUUAUUAACCUUUCAGACGACCAGUUCUCUCAAACCAGAACUGAAUCAAAACCAAGCCUCACCGGCACUCUCUUUGUAGGAAUACGCUAUUUUUACAUUUUUAAAUUCAUUAUCACUAGUAGUUCAUCAACUAUUUUUAAUAUCAUUCCAUAA